CACCUACGAAUCCAAAGGAGUAGUAGCGUAUCGCCAAUAUGUUUAUGCGUCUGUAGAGAUGGAGCUAAUAUUUUCAAUAUAAGGAAAAGGCAAAACCCGGCCGACUUUAGUCCCUUUGUCUCGAUUCUAACCCCCAAAAUGCAACACUUCUCGGAGCUAACCCAGAGCUGCCCGGCUUAGGUGAAAACAAACCAGGAAAUAGUAUGAGGUUAUAUCCGAAAAUGGGGGAGAGCACCAAGCAAGUCCGGGUGGACAAUUGGGGGAUUUUUUUCCUGCAACGUCUACAAAUGUUCUUCAGUAAAACGGACUACUGCGACAUGACUCUACAGUUCGAAGGGAAUGUUCAGUUAAAAGUGCACCGGCUUGUUAUGAAUGCUUGUACUGAAUAUUUCCAGUUUCUGGAACAGACUUGUGCUCUUGAAGAGAAUGUUAUUAUGAUGCCUUCUGAUCUACAAGCUGAUGUGAUUGUGCCGAUUGUUAAUUUUAUGUACACGGGGAUGUUGGAAUUUCACUUAUCGAUUUUUGAUAGGUUGUAUAAAACGGCACAACUUAUGAAUAUCACGAUUUUGACCAAAUUGCUGGAUGCUCAGAAGCACCCAGUGUCGUCAGGGGCGAAAAGUCUCAAGAAGAGGGCACCAGACAGCCCCAUGUUUAAUGCACAAGUAAAAAAGCCGACUCCUAAGCCUUCUCCCCACUCCGAUCUACCGGCCCCCCUCCCCGGACGCAAACUCCCCAUAUGGAAACGCAAAACCCUCUCCACACCUUCUCACAGUUCCUCGCCUUUGUGUUUCUCUGAAACGAAGUGGUCUCCCUCUACUGACCCCCUUUCCGUCCCCGAUAACACCCCCAAACCGACCAGAUUCGAGUGGCCUGAGGAAGAUCUGCCCCCGUUGACUCUCAUGGAUACAAGUUUCGAGGAUAUUUCCUACACUAGUAAACCGCUUUUGACUUUAGAAGAAGAAAACAGAGCCAGUACGUCAUUUGAUGACCUUAAACAAAUCCCCAACGCUAAUCGUUCCACUCCCAUUUCGAAGAAAUCAUCACCGAGUUUGGAUAUGGAAGAAAUGAAGAAUUACGUCAAAGAACAAAAGAUUCGUUCGGGGUUGAGUCAAGAUGAGGAAGCAGUAGAUGAUUUAGAUGUUGGAGAGAGUGGAGUGAAGAGGAAAGCGGGAGAACAGAAGAAAGGAAUUGUGAAGAAAGUGAGGUUUGAUGAACAGGAGAAUAAGACUACGACGAUUAGUAUUGCAACAGAUGGGAAAGGAACAGGGGAGUUAAAUCAUGAGAAGAUUGUUACAGAACUUUUGAAAAAAUAUCCCCAAUUAGUGAAGAAGAAUAAGAACAUCAGGCUGAAGAUCAUGGCGAAGAAUAAAGCGACAGCUUUGGAGCAAACCAAAGGGGAGAAUAUACAAAUUCGGGGUCAAAAAUUGAAGAUGCAGGUCACGGAUAUUCAAAAAACUGAUCUCCCGAAACCCGUGAAGCCAUGCCUCACCUCCGACUCGCAAAACGACAACAAAUCCCCGUGGAAAUGCGACCGUUGUAGCACCGACGACGAACCCGUCGAAUUCGUCCUCUACUACCUAUACAGAAAACAUAUGACGGAUGUACAUAACGAAAAAUUCGAUGCGAAACUGUGCAAAUACUGCGGCCAUAGAUGUAGCAAACACAACCUUUUAAUGUACCACUUGCACACCAAACACGGGAUGAAACCACCCCCGAAUUACAACUUCCCUAAAUGCGACCAAUGUCCAUUCAUCGCCCUAAGUCCCCACCUACUCGCCAAACACAAACUCAAACACGACAAGAAUGAAAUUCAAUGCGUCGAAUGCAAAUUGACGUUCACGUCCCAGACGACUUUAACCAGUCAUAUACAAAUCACAGGACAUACAGGGAAGUCAAAUAAAAAUAACUAUGAUUGUCAAUACUGUACCAAGAGAUAUCAAUCGGGGGUGAAUUUGUUCUCUCAUGUGAGACUACAACACAGAAAUGAGGCGAUGAGGGACGGAAUUGUGAGUAUUGAAGAAGGGGAAGAUGUCGAAGAUGACGACGAGGAGGAGAGCAAAGAUGAGUAUAUUUUACCUGAGAUUAUCUCGGAUCCGACUGAAACACCUAAAAAGGUUAAUAUUUUAUCAAAUGUGAAAGUGCAAGAGAGACAUCAAUCUCAUCAACAACUUACCCUUGAACCAAGUUCGGAAGCUGAAGCCUUGAAUAAUGUCGCAACGGGAAUUGCGACGAGUUUAGGUCUGGUCGAUAUCGUGGUUAUAAACGAGAACCAACAAUUAUUUAUACAACCGGAUCAACAAGGUUUCAAUGAACAAACUGAACAACCGGAAUUUAUUCUUCCUGAAUUGACCCAAAAUCAAAACGAGGUUAUAACCUCCCAAGGGGUUUUAACCCAAUCGAUGUUAUCCUCCGGUGAUAUAACAUCAACCGAUGAACUAGUUAUGGUUUUAACCGAUCACGACUAUGGUGAUAAUCAAGAAGAGAUAAAUAAUGAUAAUUCGAAUAUUGUCGUACUAUACAGUCAUCCAGUAGAUGGCCAACAAGAUCAAUUUAUAACCUCCCAAGGCAACAUCAUGGUUAACUCACAAACUGGGAUGAUUGAAAUCAGAAAUGGGGCAACUAUAACGUCAACUGCAAAUCAAGUAGUGAUGAACCCUCAAGAAACACAAAUCGAGUCCAUAGAGAUGAUACAGAGGGAAAUUGAAAGUCAUGGUGAAUUAAAAGAGGAGGAGAAACCAAUUGUGGAGGAAAAAAAUGAAGAGGAACCUGAGAAAGAACCAGAACCUGUUGUACCACCAAAUGAUGCUUUGAUUGAAAGUUUGACUCAAGGAAGCCAACUUGAGUUUACCUCACCUUUGACCAUCACUGAAGAACCGGAAAAGCCGAUUGAACAACCUAAAGAAGUUGAGGAAAAUGUUGAAGAAAAUCAAACGCCAUGUGAGGCCGAUCAAGUCGAAACAAAUGAAAAAAUAAAGGAAACGGAAGUUGUGGAAGAGCCUCAAAUUGAGGAAAGUUUACCAGAACCAGUUGCAGAAACACCAGUUGAAGAUGAUAAAGAAGAAGAACCGGAAACUGUCGAACAAAAUGAAGAACAGAUAGAAAUCAAUAAAGAAGAAGUUGAGGGUUGUAAAGGAGAAGAAGAGGAGAAUCAAACUGAUGUCAGUAAAGAAGAAGAUGAAGGACCAUCCAAAGUUCCAUCUUCUGUCACACCAGAAAAAGAAGAAGAAUGUGAAAAAGAGGAGCUUCAAACAUGUCCCGUGGAAAUAGAAGAACCAAACGAAGAAGAUAAAACUCAAGAAGAAAAUAACACUGAAACCCCUAUGGAAAUAGAAGAAUCAAACCAAGAAGAUAAAACCCAAGAAGAAAACAAUGCGGAACAAGAAUUGUCACAAAGUGACACUUCCACUAGUCAGUUUAACGACGAAAAUUCUCAAUCUUCGCAAGAUUCGCAAAAUAAAGAUGUUUCAACAAAAAUAUCCAUUUUGGAUGAUUGGGAAGAUACAGAUUCGCAACAGUCAGAUAAUAAAGAAAAAGAAAAAGUUGCUGGAGAAACGGUACAUAAAUUAAUGGAUGAUUGGGAAGAGGAGGAAGAAGAUGAUAAAAAGGAUAAUGAAGGAUGAAUUUGAACUUUAUUCAAAUGUGUAAAUAAGGAUUCAUUAUGAUGCUACAGGCCGAUUAUUAUUUGUAGGAAUUGUCAAGCGUUUUAUGAGUUUACUAUAACUUUAUAGUUUUAUUUACAAUAAUUUGAUUGACAGAAAUUUAUUAAUUUUUAUCAGCACCCUUUGGUUCUGAUUCCUGUGCUCCUGAUACUUUUAAAAUUUUACAAGUUUAUGGCAUUUUUUAAUGUUUUGAAUAGGUACUUCUUUGUACCUGUGGACGAGUUAUUCAAAAAUUACAAGAAAAGCUUUGUAAUGAAAAA